AUGGCCGCUACGGCCCUGGUCGCCGGCUCUGUUGUUGCUGCUGACCUUGAUCCCAUCGUCAUCAAGGGAAGCAAGUUCUUCUACAAGUCAAAUGGCACCGAGUUCUUCAUGAAGGGUGUUGCCUAUCAACAGGACUACACCGGCAAUGACGGCACCAGCGAUAAUCAAAGCUAUCAAGACCCCCUCGCAGACGCAGAUUCCUGCAAGCGCGAUAUCCCCCUCAUGCAAGAACUUCAAACCAACACCAUUCGUGUGUAUGCUAUCGACCCAAAGAAGGACCACACCCAGUGUAUGAAGAUGCUCCAGGAUGCCGGCAUCUACAUCGUGGCAGAUCUCUCGGAACCCAGCAAGUCCAUCAUUCGUGAUGAUCCCAAGUGGGAUGAUGUCCUCUACGAGCGCUACACCUCCGUCAUCGACAACCUUGCACCCUACUCCAACGUCAUCGGUUUCUUCGCCGGUAACGAGGUCUCUAACAACAGCACCAACACCGAUGCCAGUGCUUUCGUCAAGGCUGCCGUCCGUGAUAUGAAGGCCUACAUCAAGUCGAAGAAGUACCGCCCCAUGGGUGUUGGAUAUGCCACCAACGAUGACGCCGAGAUCCGUGACGACAUGACUGCCUACUUCAACUGUGGAAAGCCAGAGGAGUCCAUUGACUUCUGGGGCUACAACAUCUACUCCUGGUGCGGAGAUUCCUCUUACACCACCUCCGGAUACGAUGUUGUCGUAAAGGACUUCAAGAACUUCAACGUUCCAGUCUUCUUCGCUGAAUAUGGCUGCAACAAGGUCCAGCCUAGAAAGUUCACCGAGGUCGCCGCCAUCUACGGUGACCAGAUGACCCCAGUUCUCAGCGGUGCUAUUGUCUACAUGUACUUCCAGGAAGCCAAUGACUACGGUCUCGUCCAGGUUCAGAACGGGAAGGCCAAGAAGCUUACCGAUUUCGACAACCUAAAGAAGCAAAUCAGCAAGGUUAAGCCUUCCGGCGUGGAAAUGAACGCUUACAAGCCUACCAACACUGCUGCCAGCCAGUGCCCCAACAGCUCUGCCUGGAAGGCCAGCAGCGACCAUCUUCCACCAACCCCUAACAAGGCCCUCUGCUCCUGCAUGGUCAAGAGCUUAAGCUGCAUCGCCAAACCCUCCAUCACCGACAAGCAAAUCGGCCAGCUCUUUGGAGAAGUCUGUGGUGCCGACAAGACUGCCUGCAAGGGCAUCGACACCGAUGCCACUCUCGGUGUCUACGGCGCUUACAGCAUGUGCAGCCCCAUCGAGAAGCUCUCCUUCGCUUUCAACCAGUACUAUCAGCACCAAUCCGCCAAGGGCCACGGUGAUACCGCCUGUGACUUCGACGGUGCCGCCACCACCCAGAAGUCCGAAAAGCCAUCCGGUGACUGUGCCAAUCUCGUUAACCAGGCCGGCUCAGACGGUACCGGAAGCGUCACCUCCAGCCCCCAGAGUGGCGGCUCCACCUCCUCUGGUGCUGCUGCUAACACUAUCCCCGCUCCAGCCAUCAACUUCGGCAUUGUCAAGCUCGGUGCUUACCUCUUCUGUGCCGUUCUUGCUGGCGCUGGAAUGAUCUUGAUAUAA